AUGGAGGCAUCCUCAACUACGUCCUGCGUAAGAUUCUUUGAAGAGGGCGGCGUCCCCUCUUCGAGUCUCUUGACGCACACGGAAAAGCAAUCAGGUUUUUUUAGAGCCGUACAGGACAUGCACAGACCUGAUGGUGCAUUUGAUAAGAAAGUCUCUCAUAUCAAACAUAAAGCAGCUUCUGAAGAUAUUUGUUUAUUUACUUAUAGAUAUAGUUUUCCUUCUAUUAUAAUUAAUCUUGUCAGUGAUGUUAUUCGUGAAAAGCAUGCUGUCUUUAUACUAACUGUUUUUGGAGUAUCCAUAUCUAUCUUUUGAUGCUAAAGGCUAAGCCGUUUUAUUUCCAGCAUCGUGCGUAAAAAAUUUUCGAAUACCUAAGCCAGACAGACGGAUGACUUAAAUCCACUUAACUCUAUACAUCUGCGAUUCAGUGAUAAGAAACAUAUACCACAGUAAUCAGAAUCAUGCGUUUCCAUAUGAGACUUUUAUGUCUUUGCUGCGUUUUUCCAUCUUUCCCAUUCCCUCUGCAUCUAUCCCUACCCCUCCCCGGCAUGAUUACAAAAGUAAAAAGCGAUUCUCUCUAUUCUCCAAGGAGAGAGAUGAUAGAGAGUAGCGAAUGGCAAUAUACUUACCGAAAAUAGAAAAUUAGUACCUACAACCUAUCAACAGAAGAAAGAAGUUUACUGGAUACUCAUACUGGAGAGUUACAGUUUCUUCGUCCCUGGCUUAGCUUUCUAGUAGUGCACAGAUGUAGCACAGUACCUCUAACGAUGCAGAGUGGUAGCUCAACAUAUUGCUACACCGCGCAUCACGAAGCACGUGCCACGUUAGUUCUUUCCUGCGACAGUCACCACUAUUGAAUACUUAGAUGUCUUUCACUUUUUGCUUUUUAUAGCUCCAUAUGAGUGUUUGUCCGAAGUGAAAAGUGCUGCUUGGAUAGACUCUCAUCCCUCGAGUUCAAGUAUUCCCUUAGACUUUUUUUAUCUAGCAUGCCCCACCAUGCUCGUCAGCUACUUAGAUUGAUUAACUCAUUCGUUUUUCUGAAGAGAAACCGACUGAGAGUCGUGACAACACUCAUUCCGAUUCCUCCGAUAGAUUUUCAACUUUUUUUUACAAACAAAUUUUAAUUUAUUAUGCAUCGUGUGCGUUUCAAUUUGUGUAAGUGUAAAACUCAAGAAAUUCGGAAAAUAGUUCUAGCAGUCAUCAUGUUCGGUACCGGUAUUGGACACGAUGGUAUAUUACAACUUCUUAGAGAUUUUGACUCUCGAAUCUUAAUUCAGUACUAGUUCCAGUUGAAGAAAGAGGAGCAGGGUAAAUAUAUGUGCAAAUUCAAGCUGGUGGAACCAAAACUAAAAGUUAUUGUAGAUAAGAUUAUCGACCGGAAAAUAUCGUAGAUAUGGUUGUCCAUGAUCUCACAUGAUCGAAAACAAAAUGCUUUCACAAUGGCAUCUUUGUAUGUCUAUCGAGCCUGGUGUCGGACGAUGAUCCAUCAUGGCAAAAACUCUGAAACUACCAGUCUUCCUCUUCGGAGGACGAGAACGAGCAGAUGGUCCGAUUAUUAUAAAUAUAUAUUGAUUUUAGUACAUCUUCUUAGAGACUGGUGGUACUAGUUCAUCUAGUACUAAGUAGAAGCAAGCUCAACAGCUUGGGAGAAGCUCCGGG